GUGGCUAUGCUUGAAGGCAGACAUAUACAGUGAAUUGCUAAUAAAAUCUGCCAAGCAGCCAACAUAACUCAUAUAGAUUUACCUUCUGAUAUGUGUAGUGAUAAGAUUUAACGUACACAAAAUGGACUAUAUAGACUUCAAGGAAAAGGUGGUGAUUGUAACGGGUGCCAGCUCGGGUAUUGGAGCGAACGCGGCGAAGGCUUUUGCAGUUUAUGGAGCGAAACUAACGCUAAUAGGAAGAGAUGAGUGCAGGCUGCUAGCUGUUGCGAAGCACUGCGAAGCUUGGAGCAAAACGGAACCUCUUUGCUUACUCCUAGACUUGACGCAACCGGGAAGUUGCGAGAUCGUCAUAGAGAAGACCAUACAAACAUUCGGAAAGAUCAAUGUUCUUGUCAACUGCGCAGGGAAACGCAUAAAAUCAUCAAUGUUUGAUACCUCAAUGGAAUCUUUCGAUGAACAAAUGAAUAUAAACGUAAGGGUACCAGUGUUUUUGACGAAAUUGGCGUUACCACAUUUGGUGAAGACGAAAGGCAACGUCGUAAACAUUGUAUCGUCUUUUACGAAACGUUACAAAGAAGAUUACGUGCCGUAUACAGUAGCGAAGAGUGCUCUGAAAAAGUUUACAAAUAUAGCAGCCCCUGAAUUAAUGCCACAUGGUGUUAGAAUCAACGCGGUUAGUCCAGGGAUCACCAAGGAGAGUCUAGCCAAUGAUAUGGUUAUUAGAAGCGAGGUCACUAAUACCUUUGAGACAUUAGAAUCACAGCUACCUUCUGGAGCGGCGUUAGAAAUGAAAGAUGUUGUACUAAUGAUAGUAAUGGUAGCCAGCGAUAUUUUCCCAAACAUGAAUGGCUCCAAUACGUGCAUAGAUGGCGCUACGUGUAUGAUGUAAUCUGUUAUUCAAAAUUAUCUCCUUUGUUUAUAUAUGUUUAAGUCUACUUUUGUAAUUAAAUAAAUAAACAUGUUACUAUCUUA